AUCUACGAAACUUUUUUAAUAUAUAUAAAAAUCAUACUUAUUUGAGUGUUUUUUUGUUUUUUGGUUUUUUUUUUUAAUACAAAUGCAGUAUUUCAGUGUUCAGAAUACUUUACAGUGAGAAUCCUGUGUGAAAGAAUGAUCCAUUCCGAGAUUUCGAUGUCUCCCUUAAACGUCCAUUAUUAAAGAACCGAGUGGAUUCGACUAUCGAGACUGCACAGGGCUUGUCUGGGAGAGGGGUUGCAUAGAAUGGACUAAUACAAUAAAAAAAAAUGUACGUUGUAAUAAUGCUUUUUUUAAAACACAAUUUGAAUGAAUGGCUGCUUUGUAACAGUAUAGUACGCACUUCCGUUGCACGUUUUUGUCUCGAUUGCAUUCAUGUAUCUUUGGAAAGAAGUGGUACAGCCAAGUGAAAACGAAGAAAAUCAAGGAUCGUCUGUGUGUUCUCAAGACUGGAGAAUAGCACGGAUAGUGCAGCUAAAUUUCUGGUUUUCCAACCACACUGUUACCAAUGAAAUAGUAAAUAGUAAAAUCAUGUUUUAGCUAAAACAAACGGAAGAAACGUUCAGAAGAAUUAACAGGACACUUCCUAUCUCAUGGGCUCAUGCCUGCUUGCUCAUCCAAUCACCCUUUUAUUUUGCUUUUCUCCAGCAAUGCCUCGUUCUACCAAAUCGGCCAAGCAAGCCGCCACAAAUAGAGUUAAAUUAAGCAAGGCAAAAAAACGAGAUGCUAAAACAGUGAAAAGACAGACUUUUAACUCUAAUAAGGCUAGGGGGAAAGCGGUGCUUAUAAAGGUGGAAGACACGUGGAGACCUAAAAACCUAAAGCGUAAUCCGAACCCUCUUGUAAAGGAGCUGAGAAGCACUGAAGUCAGUAAAUCUGUCAGUGGUAUUUCCCAGCGACUGCAGGGAGGUAUUCAAAAUUCCUCCCUGGGAAUAGGAUCAGCAAGAAUAAGACGUUUGGAUAAUUCCCUGAAGCAGCAUCAUGUCUCUGGUCAUAGAAUGUCUCUUCGGGGCAAACCUCUCUUCCAAAGCCUUCCCCAAGCUCCCAAGCCAAACAGAAAACAGAGAAAAUCUAGAUGCAGUCUGCCAGCAAGACGUAAAUCUGAGGCCAGCGAAACCGCUCCGGUGGCAGACUCGGAACAGAGAGAGACGGCUGAACUAGUUAAGGAAGAUAACCUGGCAAAGUAUGAAGCAGCCUUGUGUCCUGAGGAAAGCCCUGUCACUAGUGGUAAGGGGGACGCUGAUAUGGAAAGCAUUCACACAGCAGAACAGCUGUCUGCAGUGGAAAAUGCUGCCGUUACAAACUCCCUGGAAAUUGAGCCUUGUCCCGAAGCAGAUUUUGAGCAGGAAAAAUCCAGACGUGCAGGGUUAGGUUCAGGAUCCGAAUCUUGCCUCUCAAGCCAGGCUUCAAGUUUGAUUUUAAAUGUCUGUGCUGCUGAGACACACCAAAUGGAAUUGCAAGAUAUGAGCCCAGACCUUUCUCAAUCAAACAUCACUCUGAAGGAUUCUGAAUCCUUUACUGGGAAUUCAGUGUCACAAGAAGAGUCAUAUGGAGAGGAUCCUAUUUUGGAUGCGGAACCUAACUUGACCUUGGCAUUAGCAAGCUCAAAGUCCCCAAAAAGUUCUUCAGCUGCCCCUGAAGACCCAGAGAAGUGCUCGGAGAGUUUAAAUCCCUCUAAUCCAAAUCCAGUAGAUUUAUCAGAGAGAGGAGUUGGACUUGGAGAGUUUUUAAAGUCCAAAGAAGGUUCCACCAUCCCUGAGACCUGGAUAGGGUUGAACUUGGAUUCACAAAGCCCAGCUUUACAUUACAAUAUGAAUAAUAGGAAUUCCGAUGUUUCCAACUCAACAACUGGGCUAGAAUCAGGAUCCCAAACUGACGGCAAUAUAGAAAUCAAAUUAAUCUCCGGUUCAGAGAGCACCACAUACAUGUGCGAGGAGGAACAAGGAUCUCGCAGCAUGGAUUUGAACACAUUGGGAGUUUUGCUUCUGUCUCCUCAAGCUGGUUCAUCUGACCCAGACGGUGGUCAGCUCACUCCUUCUCUUACUGCUUCGAAGAAGAAACGGCGCCGGUGUGGCACCUGUGAGCCCUGCCUCCGGAAAGUGAACUGCGGGGAGUGCAGCUGCUGCAGGAACCGCAAAACCGGCCACCAGAUCUGCAAGAUGAGAAAAUGCAACGAGCUGAAGAAGAAACCGCUGCUUUCAUCCCAUGAGGUUGAUCCAGAAGGAAGAUCAGUAAAUGGCACAAAACCAGGCCAGAUGGAAGAAGUCCUUUUCAUCCCAACAGAGGAAUGCGGCUCGCAGCUUAACCCCAUCCCACCCAUGGUGAGUGAAUCAAAAGAGGAAGAAAGCGGAACCGUUUUGGAAAAAAAGCGCUGUGAUUUGGAUGAGGAUCAGACCCUCAGCCUCAGCCGUAUUAACGGGGGCUUCCAAGCAACAGGGGAAGCGCAAGAAAACUUGGAGCACAGUGGAGAUGAAAAGCCCAUUUGUUGUAGCUUCUCACCUGAGCCUCCAGAAUCAUUUGCACAAUCCUCCAGAAACAGAAUUAAAUGGAAAGGUGAUGCUUUAACGGAAUCUACUGUGCCCUUUAAAAAAAUCAAGCUGGAAGACCCUCGGUAUGGGUUUAAGAAUAGAAACGAAAACAGAGUAAACACUCUGGCACAAUUAGCAAACCUUAGCAAUUAUAACAAUGCCUUGAGCACUUUGGCAGCGGUUGUUUGCUCUGAAGAGCAGGACUGCAGUCCUGCAGAACAGACAACCAUUACUCGUGACUGCGAUGGUCUUUACAGCCCGAACUGCACUGUUUUGCACACUGAAACUUGUGAAAAUAAACUGGAGGACUCAAGAUUUUCAGUCAAUAGUGAAUCUGAAAAUGGUGCUUUAAGUCUACCGAAAGUAGACACCUCCUCUUUCUUUGACUCUUUUGUACUUUCUCAGCCAAGUCUCUUAUUAUUAGUGGAUAACAAAAACAUAAGCUUUGAACAAGCGAUAGCGAUUGACGCUCUUACCCAGUUAGCAGAAACUCCUCUGCAGUCUUUAUCACAAACAAAACAGAACACAGAGUUGCCUGCGAACCCUGAUUUAGUUUUAAGCAAAAAAGAGUUUCACCAGCAAGAAAAUGAACAGCAACAAACACACCCCUUUUCAGAACAGAGCUACCUUAGCAGCCCAGUCCCAUAUCAGGAUUCAAGUCAAUCUUUCAGCAGCUGUUUGAAUAAACAAAACAUACAUACCACAACUAAUGCACCAGUUAACAGGCUUUCUUUACUGGAUUUGUUUAAUGCCAGUUUGGCUGUGGAUACAUCUUCAGCAUGUGUAAUUAGUGAAAACGCAUUUCAUUACAGUAAAGCAAAAAGCAAUUGUGAACACAUAUAUUCUCAGCCCCAAAAAGUACAAUUCAAGGAAACCCUUCAUUCAGAUAGUGAUUUGUUACUUAAUAGGGUCAGAAAUAAAGAUGAAGAAGAUGUAGCGGCACAACUAGCACAACUGGCAUUCAUAAUCCAAUCAAGUCAGCAGGAUGCUCUAAACCCUUCAUGUAUAGAUAGCCAGCCCCAGCAGCAGCAUGAACUGGAGAACAAUCUGCCCCAAGGUGUACCCUUUCAGGAUGUAAAGCACAAUCAUCUUCCGCAAAAUUCAAAAAAGCCUCCAGUGAAGAAAACAAGAACGCCACCAUUCAAACAGAGAAUAUCAAAGAAGGCCCAGUUAGCAGCUCAGAAACUGGCUGAUGAAAAGGAUCAAGUUGAACACAUCUGGGUACAGUCACAGCUCAAUCAAGUCAGCCAUUUCCUCCAUCAAGGAUCCAACGCUAAGCUACCGGUAGCAACUCACAGAACCAAAGUUCAGAAGGUAUUUCCGCAACGUCAAGCAGUGCAGCUGCGAAAAUCACACCCAUUUCUUCCACAGACUCAGAUCCAGCUUAAAAGCAAGCUGCCAGAUAUAUCUCAAGAAAAAAAGAUGGUUUAUCACCCCAAGAGUUCGCCAUCCUCAAAUUGUAUCAAAUCAGAGUGUUUGGAUGAUCAGUCUCUUUACAUAGGAUCAGGAUCUCAUGUCAUUGGUAAACACCUUCCUAGUCCCACUUCCGAAUUGAAAUUAGAUAAACAGGUCAAAAGUGAAAGUUUGACUGAUUACACAGGACUGAAAGGUGAACGUGACUCGAAUUCUCAGGUAUUUCAAGCAACAGAUGGUGCUAUAGGGAGAAAUGAUCCUUACAUCACUGAGGACACGAAAAACAGAACCAAACUACAAUAUCGACAGAACUUUCACCUGUCAGAAACACAUUCUGGCAACUCUGCAGGGGGCCAAACUCCAUCAGCCUCCGAGAGAUGUAUAAAAAUAGAGACCUCUGGAGCUGUUACCAUCCUGUCAACUUCGAAUCUAGAUACCGAUGGAGCUGAACCUGAAAUAGUCGGGGAGUCAACGCCAACUAAGAACACCUUGAACAGCUUCAUGAAAUCGCCCAUGAAGUUCUUGGACACCCCUACAAAAAAUCUGAUUGAUACCCCUUCCAAAAAAGGAUUUGAAUUUCCGACCUGUGACUGUGUUGAACAAAUUAUAGAGAAAGAUGAAGGCCCUUACUAUACACACCUUGGAGCAGGACCAAGUGUUGCCGCUGUAAGGGAAAUUAUGGAAAGCAGGUAUGGUGAGAAAGGGAAGGCGGUUCGCAUUGAAGUGGUUAUUUACACGGGGAAGGAAGGAAAAAGUUCUCAGGGAUGUCCAAUAGCAAAGUGGGUAAUCAGACGUGGCAGCGAGGAGGAGAAGCUGCUGUGUUUGGUGAGGCAGCGAGCGGGUCAUCACUGCCAGAACUCUGUGGUGGUCAUCCUCAUCCUGGCAUGGGAAGGGAUUCCACGCAUCGUGGCUGAUACUCUGUAUCAGGAACUGACUGAGACCCUGCGGAAGUAUGGCUCCCCAACAAGCAGGAGAUGUGCACUAAAUGAAGACCGCACUUGUGCCUGCCAAGGCCUCAACCCGGAGAAGUGUGGGGCCUCGUUCUCAUUCGGCUGCUCGUGGAGUAUGUACUUCAAUGGCUGCAAGUUCGCCCGGAGCAAGUACCCUCGCAAAUUCAGACUUCUAGGAGACUACCCAGAGGAGGAAGGAAAGCUUGAAAACAACCUGCAGAGUUUAGCUGCGGAUAUCGCUCCAGUGUAUAAAAAACUUGCUCCAGAAGCGUUUCAGAAUCAGGUGGAUCAAGAAUAUUUGGGCCCAGACUGCCGUCUAGGUAAAAACGAAGGCCGGCCAUUCUCUGGUGUCACAGCAUGCGUCGACUUCUGUGCUCACGCACACAAAGACACGCAUAACAUGAACAACGGAAGCACUGUAGUUUGCACUUUAACGAAGGAGGAUAACCGGGCUAUCAGGAACAUACCUGAAGACGAGCAGCUGCAUGUCCUGCCUCUCUACAAGAUCUCCCAGACGGACGAGUUCGGCAACGAGGAUGGGCAGCGGGCGAAAAUGCGGACCGGCGCCAUCCAGGCCCUCUCGGCCUUCCCCAGGGAGGUGCGUUUGUUGGCAGAGCCGGUGAAGUCAGCGCGGAAAAAGAAAAUGGAGGCAAAACGGGCAGCAGCCGAGAAACAAAACAACCAGGACAAAAAACAAGCUACUCCUGUGAAGCUCAAAGAUGGAGGCAUCAAUGGGCAUGACAGCUCUCAGACCUUAACAGCAGGUUGUAAAGGAGGUCCUUUGGAACAAUCGGCAACUUACAAAAUGGAGCCUCAAGACUACUACAGUUCAUUUAAAUUGCCUAGACAUGCCAGUCUUGGAAACUACAUACCGGUAUUAGGAAAUUAUAACCCUUCCUCCCCUUAUGACUUCAGCAGCAUGUACCCUUACUCUUCUGUAAUGCCCAGCCCCAGUAUAAAAUCACUUCCUUCUUUUCAUCCAAACUUUCCAUACGGAUACAUUGGCUUCCCUGGUAACCAAACCUUCGCUCCUCCCUAUCGUGAAUACAACAGCAGCUUUGAGAUGGCAGUGAAUGGGUUCACAGCUGACGUCCCAAACUUACAGCUGUCGCAGCAAAAGAAUGUUGACAUCAAGGAGAAGUUUUCGAACCCGCAGCGUCCUCAUGAAAGCUCACCAGUGCUGUUCCACUCAAAAGCAUCUGAGGCGCAUAAAAACAGACCCAACGGGUUUCAUAAAACACAGAUAGGAAAGGACUAUCAUAUCCCACCACCGGGGCACACGCAAGGGACCAACAACACCUGCAAAGUGCACAACGGAGAAAUCCCUUGUCCAGUAGAGCAUGGGGCUACCAAGGAUCAAGCAGAGGAAGUAUGGUCCGACAGUGAACACAACUUCCUGGACAGAGAGAUUGGUGGAGUCGCCGUUGCCCCGUCCCACGGUUCCAUCUUGAUUGAAUGCGCCCGACGCGAGCUUCACGCCACCACCCCAAUCAAGAAACCAAACAGGAACCACCCUACCCGUGUUUCCCUGGUCUUUUACCAGCAUAAGAACUUGAAUGAGCCCAAACACGGGCUGGCACUUUGGGAGGCUAAGAUGGCGGAAAGAGCAAAGGAGAGAGAGAUGGAAGCUGAAAGGCUGGGUACCACUGCAAGUGUUGCCAAGCCUCGCAACAAGAAAUCAAAGUCGAGCGUCAGCGAAAAGGAGGAUGUUAUACCUGAAGAUACUGAAUUGGUUCAGAUUCCUACUCGCAGGGCGUUAACGAUAUCUAGGGAUGGGGUUAUUACUGUAUCUUCAUAUGCCCUGACACAAGUUACAGGCCCUUACAACCGUUGGGUUUGAACUUUCCAUUGUGUUCUUGCUGCCUUACCUCAAUGCUUUUGAUCAUAUUUUAUGGUGCUGUCAGAUUUGACUCAUUAUUUUGUAUUGUUUUUAACUGUCUCAGUUGAGGUUUUAUCAUUGUGUGGGUUUUUAACUGUGACAAUAGGAUUAUUUGUACGUGUUUGUAAGCUUUUUUCUUUUUUUAAAGAAUGGUGCUUGAAGCAGAUUUUAAGGAAAUGUGGUUUUACAAUUUUUAUAUACAGGUCAAAUAAGGAAGUACAAAUGCAAAAUAACUAUUUAUUAUGAUCAUAUGGUGUCUUUAAGGCUGUCUUACGAGGUGUUUCCAACAUGAGGAGUUUCAUUUCGGGUGCUUUUGAUAAGGUCUGUUUACGGCAAUUGUACUCUAUAUCAAUUUACAUUGAACUUGCAAAUCUUAGAGUUACAUUUACGGUGCAAAAGUUAUAUAUCAUUCAUUUUAUGUUUUAAUGUUGAGUAAUACAGCUUCUGGUGCUCUUUUUCAUAUGACUGCUUUUAAAUAAGCGAUUUGAUGGUGCCAAUGGAGCAGCAACUUUCGGUUGUUGCUGAAAACUGCUGUUUACAUCGGUCUUUAAAAAAAUAUCUGUAGCAUUAUAUAAUACUUUGUACUUUGAUUUCUGUGUUUUAUUUGAUUGUGUUGGGCUUAUUUUAAAAAUUGAAAAGCAAUGAAGGAAAGGUACAUUUUUUUUGUUUUGUCUGAUUGUUAAAUACAUUUUGUUUGCAGCCUGUAAAUAUGAAAUAAAAGCACUUUUUUUUUUUUUUUUUAAUAACUUGAAAUAACUCAGCAUAAGCUUGGUUUAGAUACAGAAAGUGAUCAGAGUACUUGGUCUUUAGAAAUUUUUUUUUUCAAUUCUGAAAAUCGCCUUAAUGUAUAUAUUCAUGGUGACUUUCAUUACGGUAGUGAUGAUUUUUAUAAUUAUAUUUGAUCGUUACAGAUUUCUGGUUGUAGUCUGCAGAAAAAUCAACUAAACUAUCAACUGAACACAGUGAUAUUGUACAAUGCCUCAUUUAAGUGAUGGUCAAAAUGAUAAAUAACCUGAAUAGCCAGGUUAGCAAAAAUAUUUUUUAAAGAGAAAAUACACUCAGUAGGGAUCAAUUAUAAGUUACUUUGCUGGCAGUUUUUUUUAAAUAAACAUACUGUUUGCUUUAAAAAAGAAAAAAGUUCAAGUCGACAUGUCUUUUAAGAUAAGAUCAUUACAAUCAUAUGUUAAAAAAUUGCAAGUUAUUAAUUCAGAUUUUAAAUUAGUUAUUUUUUUAGGUUCAAAGUUAUUAAAUAUUAUUCUGGAACAAACAUUAAUUUAAAAAUAAUUGAUUUGUUAAAUAAUAAAUCUCAAGUAUUUAUUCCAACACAGUUUAUAAUCACUUACCUCUGACCUGAACAUAUGCUAUCUGGGUGUUACAUUUCAACAUACUGACUGAGAAAGUCAUGUGCAUUUUAAUUAUUUUUCAAGCCUUGCUUAAACAUUGGAAACAGCAGCUUUAGCAAAGCUUCUGGAGCCUAGGCUUACAUUUUAAUCAUGGUCCUGCUAUCCCUUUAGCGUUUAAAAAUCACCAAAAAAAACCUGCUGUUUUAAAGAUACUGUACCUGAUUUAUGCAGUGUUGGCAUUAAAUAACUGCACACUGUUAUAAUAGUAGUUGUUUAGUACUUUUUAAGUACAAGGUUAGCAGUGCAGUAAUUCAAAAAUAAUUCUAGUGCUAGGCGGUGUCUGCAGCAACAAGCCUUCAAUUAGGGCACAUUACAUAAGAAAGAUCCCUAACAACGCAUGCCAGGAAUCUUUUCUUAAUCUUCAGUUAGUAUUGCAUUAUACACACGUGUCAUAAGGGCUCCCACAUAUGUUAAAACGUUGAACGCCAUUGGCUGUUUAGAGAUUAUGAAAUAUAUUAGGAACAAAUAUUUUAACAGGCAGUAUUUAAAACGUAAAUACCUUUUCGAUUUACACUGUCUGUUUUAAAAAAAAAAGUGUAUUACACAUUUUAAUAAACAAGUUGUUUAAAAAGCGCAGUAAUUCUCAUAAAAUGAGAAUGUUGCUUAUAUUUUUCACACUGCUAUGCCAGUCUUUGGGUAAUUAUUGUUGUUUCAGAAAAGUUGACCUCUUUAAAUUAUCAAAUUCUUUAAGGCUUGACAUCAGAUUUGGCGGAUUAUUUAUAUUACUGUACGUGCAUUAUUGGAAUUGUAAAUACAGUAAUGUUUACUACUAAGACAUGAUUCCAUAGAAGCAUCAUCUUGACUGAAUAAUUUUUAUAUAAUGGCAGUUUAAUAUUGGCUGCCUUUCUGUUUCAUUGCAGUACUUGGCAUUGAAAACUCUGCUUAUUAUAAAUUCCUAAUCGUGGUGCUAUAUAGUAAAUACAAUAAACCAUGGGUUAUUAUACCACAUAAAGUGUAGAACCCCAGACUGUCCAGUGUGCUGUAACAGUGGAUGUACAGCAAUGAUAACCAAGGCUGUAAAAUGUAGUUUCUUUACAUCAGUUGACAUUAUUGCUGAUCAUCUUGCCCUUGUGCAGUAGAUAUUUUAGUUAAUUGCUUGUUUUUACUUUAAUUAGGGAUAUACAGGUUUUGAAAACUGUUGCUCCCACUCUCUGUGCAGAAAGUUAGUUUCACUUUCCUAGUCUGGCCUCACUCCCACGAUCCAGAUCAUUGAAGUAAGGCCUGCAGCAAAGGAAUUGAUUAGUGCCAGAAAGCAGUGGUUUCAACUUUUUAAAUGUAUUUUGUUAUGUGUUAAAAUGUCCCAAAUUAGAAUAAAAAAUACAGUUAAAAAUAACUUCCACGCAACAGUAAGGAGACAGUGAUAAUGAGCCUUUUAACAAAUCUUUACCUCACGAGUUAUUUAAAGAAAAUAAGAAAGGUUAUGAGCAAGAGGGUACCAAUCAACGACUCAGUGACAACAAUGUGGUUUAAUAACUCACCACUAUUCUCUGUUCUAUGUCUGUCCACCUCAUUUGCAGCUUGUGCUCUGUGUUCCUAGUCUCUGUGCUGUGUUUUCCAUGAAGCUGAUGUUGCUUCUUCAACAGUAUAGAACUGUUUUCAUAAAAAAAAACACAAUGAAAAGGCAUUCUUUAAAUAACUCAGGAGUUUAAGCUUUUUUAACAGCUGUAAAUAAUAGUUAUUAUGCUGUAUAACCACAAUUGCCUAACCCGUCCUUUGUUUUAAUUGUACUUUCUAUAUUAGGACUGCACUUGCUACAUUUAAAGAAUUGUUAACAGUACUGUACUUUAUAGCUAAUGUUUUAAAUGAGGCCAGAUUUAAAAACUGGGUGGUGCAUUCAAUAUUGUUUCCUUAUUAGCCCAGCUCAAAUGGUGUUUCCUGUAAAACCAGCAUACAAAAAUGCCUGGGAUAUAUCAUUUAAACGCAGGCGGCUGCCGAUUGUAGCAGGAGCAUGGCUAUUUGGCCCAUAGGAUCAUAUACCCCAGGAGAUAAAACCACAUUUAGGGAACAGAAACAAUAAAACAAACUAUAAACAAACAACAAAAGGGUACAGAAGGCUAAACAGACACCAACAAGUCAUAUUUUAGAGUGAAAUCGGACUGUGCAACACUGUAGCUUUAAAACAAUGUCAGUUACCCUUAAAAUGCAUAUGGUCAGUGAAGUGGUCACUAGCUCAGUGUAGUAAACUGGGUGGUGCUAACAGAGUUUAAAGGUCAACUAUCAAGUUAUUUUUUUAACAGAUCAAGACAGUGCUUGAGAUUUCUGGUCCUAAAUGUACUGUAUUUUAACUGUACCGAUCUAUAUGCAAUUAGUUAACAACAGAAUAAAACAAAUACUUUUGGUUUAUACUUAAAAAGAAAGAUUCCUCAGAUUCAGGUUCUACAUCUGAAGGGAACUGUACAUGCUUUUUUAAAGCAUUCAUUACACUUUAAAAGCAGAUUUAAAAAUAUGACAUUCAGGUGCAUUUACAGUGUAUAAUUAAUACCAGUCACUAAAACUAUAAUUAUUAAAUUAAUAGUCUUGUUAAGCUAUUGCUGGGCCCUGAUGAUGUCCCAAAACAAGAUAAUUUCAAGUGAACCAUCCUUUAAAUGUAAUUUGUCAGGUUUUAUGAAGAGAAUGAUGAUAAAGUCAAUUGCAUUGCUGCUGUGGAAAAAACAUUCACCACAGAACAAUGCAACCUUGCAGCAAUAUGGGAGGCUAGAUUCUAGGACCAUCACCACAGGAUGUACAGAACCCUGUAGUUGAUUUCUAGAAUUGUUGUUGCAUUAGAAUAACUUGUUAUGGGUAUAGAAUAUCCAUCUUAACUAAUGUAUCCAAAUGUACAUACCUUUCUGUUUCAGUCAUCAUUCUGAUGCCUUUUUAAAAAGAUCAAAGAAUCCAUGUGUCUUUAAAAGGGCUCUCAAACAUGUAUUCUCUUUAAGUUCAGCUGGUACACCAGAGUGUAACCAUAAACCCACCCCCCUCUGCAACACUUCUAGUAGAUGUAACAAAUGCUACAUUUGUUCUAUGUGGUAUUUCUUACUGAUCUUUUACAUCCAGGGGGACAGGUUAAUGGCUACACUGUGGUGUACCAGCUGAAUUGAAGAGUGAAGACAUGUGGUGAGAACUCUUUUGAGGACACAGAUUCCUUAUUUUAAAAAGUCACCAGGAUGUGGUGACUGAAACAUAAAAUGAUAUACAACGUGAAUCCAAACAAGAAGAAUGCAUUACUGUAAAUGUGAUAUUUCAUCCCUAUACAAAGGUGCUGUGUAAUUGCUUCAUGUGGACUCCAUUUGUCACAAGGAUGGGUUCCAUUAUAGAGACAAUAUUGGGAAAUUCCACAUGAAUGGCAAAAACAGAGAAACUGUGGUGCAGAGAGUUUCCACUAUUUGGACAUGAUGCUUUUUCAGUUUAUUCUUACAGUAAACUUUACAAAGCAGCUUGGAGUGAGUUUUACCACUGUAAUAUUGAAAAAAAACAUACAUUGAUACAUUUUUUAUUGGGCCACUCUGAUAAAAAACUAUUCAUCCAAAAAUGUGUGAGGUUUUAAAACUAUGGCUAUAAAUUAAAACCUCACAAAAUAAAGCUGUCCUGUACAGCAAGCCAGUCUUUGCUAAAAAAAAAAAACAUUUUAUAAUAUACAACUACAAAUUAUAAGAUAUUUCAUUUAUCCUCUGCAUAUACCCAUUUGCUGACAACAGUAAUUUAAAAUAAAAAAAAGAUGGACAAGUUUAUAGCUAUAGUCAUCAGCUUACCAACAUCACUGUUCUCGGUUGCUGUAUUGUUGGAAGUUGCUAUUGACCAUGACCGAAGGUCUGUAAUUCUGUGAUAAUACAGAUCUUCUGAAUGACAGAGAUCAUGGAAAUUACUUUGUAAAGGUCCCAUACAAUCUAGAAUACAGCAUUUUCAAAAGAAACAUACCCCCCCCCCCCCCACACACACACAGAAUCUUCAGAAAGCAGUUUUUUGUGCUUUAAAUAGUUUUUUAUGUUUUAGUGCCACUAUACUUCUGUAUAAUAAACAGGAAUAAAGAAAUCUGUGAAUAAUUGAUUAUUCAUUCCCAGUUACUGAACAUGUAAAAAAAGUCCACUAAAAAUAUAUAUAUUUGAUCUUGUGCGCCCACUGCUUUUUGAAAUAUCAUUUUGUAAAGUUUACUAACAAAUGUAACUCGGUAGAAUAUGCUGUUUCUGGGUAUCAACCAAUACAAAUAGUAUGAACUAAACUGCAAUUAUUUAAAUCCCUCCCCAUGGGUCAAUGGUACAUAGACAGUGUUUGCAUAAAAUACUGGGUCGUUUCAGAGUUCAUCUGUUUUUGUCAAACCUUUCUUUAUAACUAGGGGCCCUAGUCACAAAUCUUGAAGCCAUGCUUUAUUUUAAAGACUUGUUUUGGGUAGUUAAAUAAAUAAGGGUUGGGGUUCAUAAAGCUUUGGAGGGUUUCUUUUGGCUGUUUUGGUGCUAGAGAGUUAGGUGCUCAAUGACAUGUAAGGAGCCAGGGGACUGGCUGCAGUUAUUAUUAUUUGUAUAUUUAGCAGACGCCUUUAUCCAAGGCGACUUACAGAGACUAGGGUGUGUGAACUAUGCAUCAGCUUCGUUCUGGGGGCCUGCAGGUUUUCCAGUUAAAAAAGACUCCUCCUAACCCCUAAGUUUGUUUGUGCUUCAAAAGACAGUAUUUAAAGAAAGCUUGCAUUAAAGCUGUGUGAAUAGAUCUCGUUAUAUCAUGAUUAUUAAUUUUGGAGGAAACCAUUACAGAACAAACACAGGUUUUACUAUACUUCACAAAGGUAUAUUCCAGCAGCCUUCGCUUUGUUGGUCACCAGCAAACAAUUGGAACACAAAUUUACCAGUUUCGGUUAACCAGUUGGUUUAAAAAAAAAAAAAAAAAAAACUGUCUGUGUGUCCAGCAGUUAUGUAGAGUAGCAGGUUUUGGCAGGCUUGUACCUCCACAGCUAAAUUUAGAAAUUGUAAAAAACAAACAAGACUAAGGCUUUUUGACAAAGUGGUAGGCACAGAAAGCUAAACUGGAAGAAUGUAUUAUACACGUGUCAAUGUAAAAUGCAAUGCACUUGCGGGCAGUAUUAAAUGGACUGUUCUUUUUUUUCUUAAACCAGCUAAAAAACCUGCACAGUUCUAAGCAUCUAAAACCUGUAACGACCAUUGCUGGAAUUUUUAACAAGGAAUGAUUUCGACAAUCUAGUACAUCUAGUUAGGCACUGAGAGACAGGUGUCCAUCUUGGUUUUAUCUCACAUGAUAUGUGUUGAUGAUAUAAAAAAAAAACUUCUUGGCAAUAACAUGGUGAACUCAUACCUUUAUUGUAAGUUAGGAGAGAAAUCAUUUUGACACAGAUUUAGGAUUUUGAAGUUCAAACUAACCACUCUCACAGUUAAUCGCAGGACAGCAAUUCUCAUUUUUCAUCUAGUUUGAAUUUCACUAGGAAAAAUGUAUACAUGAGCCGACACUCCUGCAUGGUGUUGUCUCCAUCAUUCUAGGCAGCACCCUGAGACACUAUUUGAAUAUCAUUAUUGGGUAUUAAUAUGGGAACAUAUUAGUAGUUACAUGAAAUGUUAAUUACAGCUACAGCUGCUUUUGGACUGACCACAAUCCUAUUCUGGAAAUAAUUGAAAAUAAUUUGGUAUGGGUUUGGACAGUGCUAAUAAAGCUUAAAUCAAUUUAUAUAUCAAAUGGAUUCCAUAUGUUAAGUGUGGAGCAAAAUUGACUGCCUUUCUCUCUAUUCCAAAAUCAGGGAUGCUUGUUAACUUAAUUAUUUUUCAUUAAGACCUCAUCUUUCAGGGAGUUUUCUAUUUUCUUACAUUCUCACACUCACACUUGUAAAAUAAAAUUUAAAAAUGUAAUAUGGGUUUCAUGUGAAGAUGACUGUGUUUGUUUAUUUUUUGUGAUUUACAGAGGUCUCUUAAACAAACAAACAAAAAAAAAGAUUGUUCAACAACUAAAUUAAAUAGACAGACAAAGUUGAUACAGCUGUUCUUCUCCUGGAAAAUCUUGUAAGUGUUUUUGCAGAUCUAGCAAUUAUACUUCAAGAAUUUUCAGUUGUACCUUUGUGUACUGUAACUUGAAACCAGCUAUGAAACAAGGAGAUUUGGUGCACACCAGCAUUGAAAAUAUUUGAAGUUCCUGUAGCAUUAAAAUGUAGAUAUUUAUCUCGAAAGAAAUAUAAACAAUGUUCAUGUGAACUGUUGUAUUCUUCUGAGUUUGUUGUAUAGUCAGCAGUUAACCUGUUUUCUUAGAGUUGGGUGAAAAUAAAAUACUGUAAAUAACUGUUAUAGUUACAUUUCUGUUUUGUAAACAACUUAAAAAACAAAAAACGUAAAUAAUUUUACCAUUCCUAAUAAUGCCUAACUUUGUAGGUGGUUUUAAAAUAAAUAUAUAUUUAUAUUUUGCA